AUGGCGAUGUUGGUGGCCCCUGCUGUUACAAUCAUCGCUCGCAAGUACGGCACCAAGUUGCCGAUGUUGCUCGGGUUGGGACUUUUGGCAUUGGGAUACGUCUCUGCGUCCUUUUCGGAAAGAAUCUGGCAGCUAUAUCUGUCACAAGGAGUCUUGAUUGGGUUUGGAGUUGGGUUUAUCUAUGUACCAAGCAUUCCUGUUCUCUCUCAAUGGUUUGAUAAGAAAAGAAGUCUUGCCAACGGAAUCAGUGCCGCCGGCUCAGGUAUUGGUGGGCUGAUAUUCUCAUUUAUGGAUGGCUCGAUCAUUCAGAAUAUAUCUCUUGCUUGGGCUCUGCGGUUGACGGCGAUUAUUAGUUGCUCAAUGCUGAUCAUUGCCAUCCUACUCAUCCGAACUCGCAAUGAAGCUAUACAGCCGUUCCAGCGGGGAUUCGAUGUGAAACUAUUGCGUCGUUUAGAUGUUCUUCUACUGCUCUCAUGGGCUUUUCUCAGUAUGCUUGGCUAUAUUUGCCUGCUGUUUUCACUUCCCGAUUAUGCACGCUCGAUUGGACUCUCGGACAACCAAGCUACAAUUGUCAACGCAAUUUUGAACUUGGGAACUGCUGUUGGUCGGCCACUGAUUGGCAUUGCCAGCGAUCAUUUUGGCAGGAUUGAGGUCGCCGGCCUCUUGACUUGCUUUUGUGGCAUUGCUUGUCUCGUCAUUUGGCUCCCCUCGACAUCCUACGGGGUGCUUGUUCUCUUCGCUUUCAUUAGCGGAGCUAUUCUCGGGGUGUUUUGGGUCGUAAGUUGA